GAGCCACUGGUUUCAUUGCAUCCCAUGGAAGAUACAAUUCGUCUUAAUCAAUUUGUUAGACAUACAAUUGUCAUUGGACAUAAUAGACCAUUUAAUUGUCUUUUAAUAGAACUCGAUGUUGAUCGUUUAAAAAAUGCACCUUUCUUGGAAAUCACGAAAAGUAUCUUUGAUUCAGUUCAUCAAGCUAAUAUUAAUUGCCCAUCACAUUCUCGAAUUUUUGACGAAAUGGUUUAUAUCUUACCUCUUGAAGGAAAAAUACUACCUAGAACCAUGAAAAAUGGUAUUCAACGUAAAAAAGUUGAGAUAGAAUUUAAAGAGGAAAUAGAAAUGCUUUAUGACAAUUUAGUAAGUAGAAAAGUUGUUCCGAGUGAGAAAUCGUUUUCUGAUAAUCAAUGGAAUGAAGAUUCUGUGAAGUCUACCGUAUUAAAUUCUCUUAAAUUAGUAAUUGGAGAUUCAUUCUUAAAAAUUACCGCAUAUGAAACUUCAUUCUUUGCUUUGGGUCUAGAUUCUUUAUCUGCAACUAAAUUACGUUCUAUUCUUCAAAAUCAAUUUUCAUUUAUCGACCUUUCUUAUGACGUGAUUUUUGAACAUAAUACUGUUCAAA